AUGAUCAAUCCUUGGGUUUUAGGAAUAAUUAUUAUCGCUAUUUAUGCAGUAAAUUAUUUUAAAAAUUGGGAUUAUUAUAAGGCAUUACGUAAAUUUCCUGGUCCUGCUGCUCUACCAAUUUUAGGAAACAGUUUGGAUUUCGCAACCAACAGUCAUGGUAUUUUUUUAAAAUUAGUUGAUUUCGGGCAAAAAUAUGGAAGGUUUUAUCGUGUUUGGAAUAACGGAAAAGCUUACGUCAUCUGUAACGACGAAAAAGAUGCCGAGAUAAUAUUGAGUAGUAAUGAACAUCUUCAUAAAAAUGAAGCGUAUAAAUUUUUUAUACCUUGGAUAGGAGAGGGUCUAAUAUCGGCCACAGAUAUAAAUAAGUGGAAAAUGCGGAGGAAAAUCAUCACUCCAACGUUUCAUUUUAAAAUUUUAAAUGAAUUUUUUGAAGUUUUCGUACGAAAUGCUGAAAUACUUUGUCAUCAAUUAAGGUUAAAAUCUGGAAAAGGUUCACUGAAUAUAUGUAAGUUUAUUAAACUAAUGGCGUUGGAUAAUAUUUGCGAAACAGCUAUGGGUGUAGAUAUUAAAGCUCAAGAAAAUUCAGAAAAUACAUAUGUAAAAGCUGUUCAAGAUAUAACGUCUGUCAUCUCUUUAAGAAUGUUUAAAGUUUGGCUAAUGAUUGACAGUCUUUUUAAUUUGAGUUCAGAAUCUAAGGUUCAGGCUCAAGCGUUAAAAAUUUUACAUGGAACUACAGAUGAAGUUAUAAAAAAUGCCCGUGAAAAAUUUAAAGAAAAAAACAAAAAUGAUAAUAAUAAUAUUAAUAAUUUAGAUGAAACUUUCGAUGAAAAAAGAAAAAAGGCAUUUCUUCAUUUGUUGUUAGCAUCCGAAGAAGGAUCGCAAUUGUCGGAUAAAGCAAUCAGAGAAGAAGUGGAUACUUUUAUGUUUGCGGGUCACGAUACAAUCAGUUCGGGAUUGAGUUUUGCAAUAUACAGCUUGGCAGAAAAUCCAGAUGUUCAGGAAUUGGCUUAUAAAGAACAAAUGGAUAUAUUUGAUGGAUCAACUCGUAAACCGACUUAUAACGACGUACAGGAAAUGAAAUAUUUAGAAAGAGUUUUAAAAGAAGUACAACGUGUAUAUCCGAGCAUACCCAUAAUAGGAAGAAAUAUAAAAAAAGAUUUACAAUUGCAAGGAAAUUAUAUUGUUCCCAAAGGAACUCAAUUAUGCAUAAAUAUUUAUUCAUUGCAUCACAAUCCGAAUAUUUGGCCAAAUCCAGAAAAAUUUAAUCCUGAUAAUUUUCUUCCUGAAGCUAUUCAAUCAAGAUCCCCUUAUGCUUUCAUACCUUUCAGUGCAGGUCCAAGGAAUUGUAUUGGGCAAAAAUAUGCAAUGCUCGUAAUGAAAGUCACACUCUCAACUCUUUUGAGGCAAUUUAAAAUUUUGCCAGAUCCACAUUCAAGGGAAAAGCCAAUGUUAGCCGGUGAAAUAGUUCUUUUAUCAACUAAUGGUUUGAAUGUUUGUGUAGAACCAAGAUUUUAA